UAUAAAGGACCUUUACCUAAGGGUAUAAUAACAUUCUUCAUGGAUAUUUUUAAAGAAUACUAAAAGAACAUAGCGCGAAGGUUCUUAAAACAAGGAAGGCGAUUAGAUUUUCUUAUUAUGAUAUUCAGAUAUUUAAACUAUGGUCUAGCUUUAAUAUAAACAGUAGGCUAUACUUCAAUCUUAAUAGAUUGUCAAAAAGUGAAAUACAAUAUUCAAUGACUUCCCAUUUUGUCAGCAAGCAAGUAACAAUUCCUGUCUCAAGCAAAUAUUACAAAUUUAAUUAUGUGGCCUGCAGUGCGCAAUCCGAUUCGUAAGGUUUCCGGACCAUUAACUCGCCAGGGACAUGGGUACUCAGGCGGUUGUCCUGGAAAUAAUUUGCCUUUUGGCUUGGACACUCCAAUGCGCUUUACAUUGUUUUACACGAUUGCGGGAAUAGUGGGCUUUGGGGCUCCCUUUUUAGUGGUUCGCCACCAGAUGCUGCGCAAUGUGACUGAUGACGAGCCCAAGCCAGAAUGAUUCUUGUAACGAUUAAAAUUAACAUGGCAAUAAAAUCUUAAAUGGAGGGCAUUGCACAUCAAA